AGACUGAGCCUCGUCGUACAUCUUUGGGUUGGGUUAUCUGAAGCUCCUGCGGAGGAAACAUAACAGCGCUUGUUUGGGAACCCUAGUUUGGCAAACAUUUCAAGAAUCAGAGUCUUUUACCACUCUCAGUCCAAGGGACUGCGUAUUUGGUGAUUCCGUUCAACAGGUUUAGCAUUAUUAUCUGAAAUGGCAUCGGUGUCUAGUCAGCAACAGUUCCGUUACACGCAGCCACCGUCAAAGGUUCUUCAUUUGAGAAAUUUGCCGUGGGAGUGUACAGAGGAGGAACUAAUUGAGCUUGGGAAGCCAUUUGGGAAAGUUGUGAACACAAAGUGCAACGUUGGAGCUAAUCGUAAUCAAGCUUUUAUUGAAUUUGCAGAUUUAAAUCAGGCGAUUGCAAUGAUAUCGUAUUAUGCCUCAUCGUCGGAGCCUGCUCAAGUACGAGGGAAAACUGUGUAUCUACAAUAUUCCAAUAGGCAAGAAAUAGUGAAUAACAAAACUGCAGCAGAUGUUGCUGGAAAUGUACUGUUAGUUACAAUUGAGGGUGAAGAUGCACGCCUUGUCAGCAUUGAUGUCUUACACUUGGUCUUUUCAGCCUUUGGGUUUGUGCAUAAGAUUACUACUUUUGAGAAGACAGCAGGAUUCCAGGCAUUGGUGCAAUUCUCAGAUGCAGAAACUGCUACUUCUGCAAAGGAUGCUUUGGAUGGAAGAAGCAUACCUAGGUACCUGCUUCCUGAACAUAUGGGACCAUGUAGCCUUAAGAUCACAUAUUCUGGACAUUCAGACUUAAGUGUCAAGUUUCAAAGUCACAGAAGCAGAGACUACACUAAUCCUUACCUCCCUGUUGCUCAAUCUGCCAUGGAGGGAAGUGGACAGCCCAUGGUGGGUUUGGAUGGAAAGAGGCUGGAGGCCGAGAGUAAUGUUCUUCUUGCAUCUAUUGAGAACAUGCAGUAUGCUGUAACCUUGGAUGUCUUACACAUGGUUUUCUCUGCCUUUGGACCUGUCCAAAAGAUUGCAAUGUUUGACAAGAAUGGUGGUUUACAGGCUCUGAUUCAAUAUCCAGAUAUCCAAACAGCUGUUGUGGCCAAGGAAGCCUUGGAAGGACACUGCAUAUAUGAUGGAGGUUUUUGCAAGCUUCACAUCUCGUAUUCGCGUCAUUCUGAUCUUAGUAUAAAGGUGAAUAAUGAUAGAAGUAGAGACUAUACUAUUCCUAAUGUACCACCACCUGUAGUGAAUGCUCAGCCCUCAAUUUUAGGGCAACAUCCAGUUCCCAUGACGGGUCCUCCUCCUCAACAGUACAAUGGAGCUCAAUACGCAUCAGUUACUGAGCAGACUCUGAUGCCUCAAUCUCAGGCUGGAUGGGGGACAGCUCCAUCUCAGUCUAUGCUGCAGAUGCAUAACAAUCCUUACACGCCAUCUGCUAUGGUGCCACCGCAAACAGCCCCUGGAAUGCAGUUUCCAAGUCACAUUCAAUAGCAUCAUGCAUCUCAUGUCUCUUACACAAAGUGGCGAACAUAGUCAGCGCAUCUGCAGAAGUGAGGACUACCAUUUAAAUUGUGGCUUUUCCUAUGUGAGGAAACUGGCGUUUGCCAAUGUGAUUCCAAAAUUCUCUCUCCCUUUGUUUAUUAUUAGAUGAGAUGAGAUUUUGAUUGUAAGCAAUUGGCCAAGAACUUUUGGUUGGCUGGCAACACAGGAAAAAACUACACAUUCUAUUUUUCGUUUAUUUUGACUUGGUUUGGCAUUUGUUUUUCAGAUAUUGCUUUAAAAAAGUUAACAAGGCAAUGAAAUAAAAGUUGUUAAUGGAA